UUGUUCCUCGCACCCUCAGACCUAGACUAAGGCAUAUUGGCGGGUAGAUGCAGCAGGAAUCAAUAACGUCGUGUUGCUAACACGAAGUCUUGGUGCGGAUUCGAGAAUAAGUGCCGGGAUCGUGCUGCUGAAGUGUUGUGAGCAUGGCAUUGGUGCACAAACGGGGAUGGAGGUUCGAGAUGCGGGUGGCUGCUGGGAUUCGGUCGUAUUUUGAUGUUUGAUGGCAAUCCCCAUGCAACAAGAGUUAUUGUAUCGGUUCCUGAUUCUAAAUCCUCGAGAUGUUUCUCUUUGGUAGUGGGAGGAUGAUGAAGAAUGAGCAAUCUCCAUGAUCUGGAUUCGAAUGAUUGGGAACAUCGGUCACGGAAAAGUCCAACUCAUGUCCCUCACGAACGAGCUCUUGCCAACUCCUCCCUAGCAGCAUCUCCGUCUCUGCUCCAGUCGACUUCGACAGCGUUGUCUAUCCCAAGACCGGAAGUCACAAAAGCUGCAUCUGCGCAUCCGGAUCAAAGCAGUUGUCUGCUGAACUGUCGAGAUGUGUUCCGAGAUUCAAUAUUGUCUUAUGAUAACGAUUUUCACAAGAUCUGCAAUAUCCUUGCUAAUGAGAAUGGUGAUGUUAUCUUUCAUGAUUUGUAUAUUUGUGACGAGGGCUGUGGAGUUAUGGUGGGUGCGAGCCAGGAUGCUAUUGUAAAUUGGAUUAUUUCUCGCUGUGAAAGUCUCGGAUACUUCAAUCUGGUUGAUCCUGGACCUCCGCCAACAGGUUCAAAUACGACAACUCUGUCUCCUUCACUAAGCACUUCAGUCAAUGGGCUUCUUAUUCAAGCAACAAGCAGCAAUUUGCAAGGAAAUGGGCAAGAAACAGCAACUAUCUCACAAACUGUAACGCCAUCAAAACACUUCACCUCACUUCUCUCUAGCUCAUUCACCAACUCUCCCAACGCUCUGUCUAGUAGGCCAGCACUGGCGUCGACAAGUGUACCUCUUUCAGACUCGAUCAAUGUGUACUUUGCGACCACAACGACUACACGCACCUCGAUUGCCCCCGCCAUCUCGACCAUCAGUUACACGCCCACGCUCUUUCCCUCUCUCUUCUCUGCGAGCAUUCUCGGCGCCCCUUCAAUUACACCUACGUCAAGUUCUUCUCCGUUAUCUUUUACACAAACACCUUCCUCAAGACAUACAAGUUCAUCGCCCACCUCUACCCCGCCUCCACUCCCAAAAAUGGACAUCAACACCGAAGUAGGCCUCAUCCUCACCGUCAUCGGCAUAGUUUUCCUAUUCUUCGCCGUCAUCAUAGUCAUCUUCGUCCGACAAAGACAACGCACCUAUUUCCGCACUCUCAUCACCAAGCACCGCAACAAAGAGAAAUGCGACUCACAAAUUCACCUCGCUGGAGACAGUGAGGCUGGACACUGCUCUUGUAUCACCCGUCGGCAUCGGAUGCGGACAAGAGGAAUAGUCUAUCCUCAGAGCUCGGAAUACAGUCGCAGUACAUCUGGGCGUUCACCCUCGAGACCUCCUAAAGUUCCGCCAAAAGAUAGGAGAUAUGGCGCGUAUUACCCACAAUUCUUAUUCCCAUCUCAGGACGCGGAGGUUGAAGAGCUGCCCAUCUCUCCAGUAGUUGUCACUGUCGAUGGAAUUCGACAUGAACUACACCACCCCGCACCGAACCGAAACUUGAUGGUUGACGAGCACGGCAUCCGCUGGCCGGAACGAGUCGAGUUGCGGGGUGAAGCGAAGGAAUUCUUGGACUGGAGUAGGGAUUAUGAUAGGAAAGAUGCAGAGAAAAGAGCAAGGGAUACUGCGAGGAGGGAGGCUGAACGGAAGAGAGCGAGCGAGUAUGAUUUAGAGCAAGGGAGACGAGAGAAGCAGAAGAGAUAUGAGAGGAAGGUUCGAGGAGGCCAGAUUCAAGGGGGGCGGGGACGAGGCGGAUUUCUGCUGGAGAGCUCGAGCGGUAUGAGGAUCCUGUCUCCAGCGAAUCCUAGGGUAGGAAGCCAUACUCAGUCGAAUUACGAGUGCGAAUGAGUGUGCGACGGCAGUUUAACAUGAAUAUUGAGGGAGGAUAGAGUGAUGGGCCCUGAGAUAGAUGGCGUUGGCACUGGGUCCGUUCUUCUAAUCGGCUGUCGCUCGUCAAAAAGGGGUUCUGCAGUACUUGAUACCACGGGGUCCGAUGUCGAAACCUUUUCGC